UUUUAGCAAACGAACUCUGAAAAUAGCCAAAACCAGCUAUAAAAUAGAUAGGUUGGCAACAGUGUCACUUGUUUUAAUUCACGAAUCCAAUGGUGACAGAGCUGGAAUCUUUUUAAUUGGUAAAUCUGUAAAAUAGUCUAUUAAAAGCAGCAGAAAACACAAUGCUUAAGUUAAAACUUGAGGCCUUAGGUCAUCCUACGCCCAGCGAUGUGGCAUGGAGCAACCGCAAAGAAUUUGCAAGCACCAUACUUUGGCUGGAGGAUCAAAAGAUACGCUACUAUACCAUAGAGGAUCGUGAGAAAUUGCGAAAUCUAGAUGAUAUGAAGCUCUGGGAAGAGGCAUACAAGCAAUACUGCAUUGACCUGAACAUGCCGCCAUACGAAACGCAGCUGGAGCAGCUAACCUGUAUAAUUGGGCACGCAAUGCGUCUGGAAUACCUGGAUGAUCCUUCCCAAUACGAGUCGAUUAACGCUCAAGAGGCUCGGGAGCCAAAGAACAAUGGCAUGCAAACGCAGCAGAAAGUUCAAACUAUUUUUGAUGGCAAGAUAAAUGUUCACGAUAAGGAAUUUAUAGCGGGCGUGCGCACGCUGGCCACAAAGUUGAAGGUGCCGCAUCAUCCCAACCAUUUGCUUCAAUUAGAGGCUGUGGCACGAAUCGUGCACGAACGCCUUGGACCGAGUGCCAAGGAUCGACAACCGAUUGCCGGCACACCGUUCCCCUUUGAUAAGGGCAACGAUGUGGUCUCUGCCAACGACCCAACGCUGGAUUAUCCCAUGCGCAUUCUGCGGCUGUUGCAAAUACAAAGUCUACGUCAGCUGCAAACUCACAUUAACGAAACGAUUGUUGCUGUUCAGAGUCUGACUGCCAAUCCAAAGACUGACACCAAGCUGGGAAAGGUUGGACGCUAAAGUUAAUCUUAGAAAUGAGCAUAUGUUCAUAUGCUUGUAUAAUUAUUGUAAUGAACAAACUAAAUUUACAAAUACGAAUACGAUUAUGACUAAUUAA